AAGAGAGACUGUUGCCGCACAAAUCGCUGGGGGGGGGGGGGCAUUUCGGAGAUGAGAGCAGGGCCUGAGACCGCGCCGGAUGCUGCUCGCUUGCUCGCUGGAAGCUUGCUUGAUGAGAGGGGAGGCCGAGGAAGGGGCAGCUCCGGCUGUCGAGAGGGGUUGGCGCCGGAUGCAGGAGUGGAUUGAGUAGCGCGAGGAGUGCCCGGGAGGUUUGAGUGGCGUGGAUGGGGACGAGGCCCCGAAGCUAAUUUUGGACAGGGGAAGGGAGAGGAAGGGGGAGGGGGUUGAGAGUUCCACGGAGGGGGAGAGAGCGAGAGAAGUUCAUCGUCAGACUUGACAGGAAGCGAGCGUUCGGCUCUCCUCUUCUGCUGCUUCCUGCGUACCUGGACCAUUAUCGAGCCUCGGAUGUUCUAGGCGGGUACAGACCGCAGGGAGGCAAAUGUCAUCCUGGAGAUCUGCAAUUCGGCUUGUUGAUCUGGAUUGACUUCUCGGAAUCUGGGUUAUGCGGCCGGUUCCGGCGCGUGGGAACGAGGUGUAAUGGGGAUUAUGAACUUCCUGGACAAAGGGCACCACAUUAAAAGUGGGAGUGACACCGUAGGGAGAGUGUAAUGUGGCUAUGGUGGAACUUUCAUCAAGUUGGCCAAGCGCUGUGCUUGGAAACAUGUAUAACGAAAUGGACAAGAUCAAUGGAGACAGGUGGAGCUCUACUGAACCCAGGGAGAAUUAUGCGUAUCCUCACGGCCAGAGCAUGGCUGGCUUAGAGAGCAGGGUGGAGAAACAACCUAGUAGAGUAGAAGGUUAUGGUGGUGGCACGUUUCUGUUUCGAAGGGGCCAAAGCGUUGCUCAAGAUCCAUGGCUGCGGCGGAGCACGAGUGAUAAGCAGAUUGUGAGAAAUAUCAUUCAAGGGGCUGAUCAGGGGUCAAUGGAACGUCCCAGCACCGCCGAGAGCUCGCGAGACAAGGCUGGUUCUACGACUGAUACUCAGAGGGCGCACUCAGAGCGAUUGGGAAUGGUCGGUGCUGUCGACAAGACGGAUAUAACCGUGGAGAAUGAAGAUAGCGAUGCCAUGGAGUCGCUUGCAAGCCAAAAUCGAGCUUCUGUCCUGUCACAUUGGCAUUUUGCCGGUCUGCCUACAGCUUCGACUGCCAAGAGAAGUAUGACAAUAGGUGAAGUUGAACUUUUGCAAUCAAUCGGCCAAGGAGUUAUAUGCACGGAUCUUCAAGGGAAUAUAACAAACUGGAAUCGGGCAGCUGAAAAUAUGUACCAAUGGAAGAACGAAGAGGUUCGUGGUCGCAACGUUGUGAAGCUGUUGACUCCAAAGAAUAUGAAUAAGGAGUCUCCCGAGAUCAUAGGUAGAUCGAGCAACGGGGAAUCCUGGUCUGGACCGUAUCCAUCGGUUCGGAAGGAUGGGGAAAUCAUCAACACUGUUGUCACGGACACUCCGAUCGUGGAUAAGAACAAUAAAAUAAUUGGCAUAGUCGGAGUGUCGUACGAUGUCGGUCCAUUGUCAAAUAAGAAAAUUCCUAUCAGGCGUAGCUACUCUGACGAGGGAGUCUUCAACCUUUUGGAGGCCGAAGUAACCCCAGCGAGUAGUUCGGCCGAAAGUCAUAACAUGCUGGGCUGGAGGAGGGUUCAUUUGGAUGAUAACAAGGCAAAUGACUCCCCACCUGCAGCUGAUAAUGACUCAAGUAGUGUCGGUAAGAAUCUUCUGAGGAUUGGACGGUCGUCUGUGCAGCAGCUAGUACGGAAACUGCAAAUCCGAACACCGAAAAAACAGGAGGAAGCGACCGGGCAGCAGAGAGGUGACAGGCAGAGGCUCAGGGAAGAGCAUGACUGUGAUGAGAACCAGAGAUCCUCUAACAGAAUACCCUCUCCUGGAAGGACUAUCGAAUAUUCCCAGGUGUCAAAUGUAUACGUACCCAAUGAGGGCUCGGAGUCUGAUUAUGGAGAUCUAGACGGGUCGUCCAUACCGCUCGUCGUCCCGGCCAAACAGCCCACGAGAGGAGCCGAUGGACCUUCGGAUGGCGCAGGAAUCUCGCAGAAGGAGGUCAUAAAAGAGGUCAUUGUUAACUCCACCAACGCCGGGGCCUUUAACAAUGCACUCUCCAGAUCUUCGAGCGGAAGCGCUCAAGGUCACGAUGCCUCCACCGUCGGGAGUCCGGUCGAGCGCAACUUCUACGACAACGCGUGGGGCGGGAGCAAUACGGGAGCUGGAAUCAACUUCCAACAAGCUGAGGAAGACUUCCAGCUUCAGUUGGCAUUAGCUCUGCGAGUUGCCGCCGAGGCUGCAGCCGUCGACGACCCUGAUCUGUCUGCCAACGUCAGAGGGCCCAAGGGAAGUACGAAGUUGAUGCCGGGUGUCUCGAAGACCGAAGCUACCGCUUAUCGAUAUUGGGUGAGUAAUUGUUUGAGCUACGACGACCGUAUAGAGGAUGGAUUUUACGAAGUUUGGGGCAUGAGUCCGUAUGUGUGGAGCAUGUGUACCGACUCAAACGAGCUUGGGCGAAUGCCACCGUUGGAGAAUCUACGAUCAGUCCAUCCCUCCGAUGCAACGUUUGAAGUAGUCCUUGUCGAUAGAAAUAUGGACCCCAGUUUGCGUGAGCUUGAGGACAAGGCAGUAGGCCUUGCAUACGACUCGACGGAGGUUCUGGACAUGGCCAGCAAAUUGAGCAUCAUGGUUGCGAACGUCAUGGGUGGUCCGUCAGAAUCAGACGGGAAUUUGAUGGAACUCUGGCAGACUACCAGCAGCAAGUUAAUGCAGCUUCUGGGCACGAUUGUUCUCCCCAUCGGACUUUUGAGAGUCGGAUUAUCUCGCCACCGAGCCCUUUUAUUCAAGGUCAUGGCAGACAGUGUUGGUCUACCUUGUCGUCUGGUUCGUGGAAGCGCUUAUUGUGGCAAAGUGGAUGACGCUUCAGUGGUUGUCAAGUGCGGGGAUGAUAGGGAGUGGAUGGUGGAUCUUCUCAUCAAACCUGGCAGUAUAAUGAUGCCGGACGCAAGACUUGCUGCUCCUCCCGCUGUCAUAGCAUCCCCGCUGCAAUUCGAGCGGCCCAGCCCUUUCGCUGGGAGUAGCGUGACCGUCUUGGAUUGGGCCAGAUACGAGCCAGGCAGGAGAGACGUCCCACUCAGAACCACGAAACCGAAUAGAAUCAGGGGCGGAGCAGAAGAGGGACGAAAAAGCAUGUCUGCUGAAGCUGCAGGUGGAGCUGAGAAUCAGCAUCUGGUUGUCACUCAAGGUUUGGAGUUUUCUGACAGCUCUGCGAGAGGAUCUAGAGGCAAUGCCGGAGGAUCCAACGAGUCUGCACCGAAAGACAGACCUGGUCUCGUGAGUUUGCUCGGAAACGGAGCUGGUUUUGCAUCAGAACAACCAGUGCGACCUCGAGCCGGUGCCAAAGCUAGUUUCUUGACAGAAGACAUAACGAGGCCACCAGCUGUGAUUGACAACUCACCGAAGAAGAAUUCACAUGAACUAAAAAAUCCUGGAACAAAAGUACCGUCGCAGGAAAUGUUCGCUAUGUAUGAAAUCAAACCGUAUGAACAGAGGGCUUGGGCAAAGGAAGAAAGGCGUGUCACCGGAUCAGAUGAGUACAGUAGAUCUGAAGGAGCAGGGAGGAUGCUAGAUCAGAUUGCAUCUGAAGCAAGUGACUUUGAAAUUGCCUGGGAUGAUGUUGUUAUCGGCGAGCGGAUAGGUCAAGGUUCAUAUGGAAAGGUGUACCGUGCAGAUUGGCAGGGAUCUGACGUCGCCGUGAAAGUAUUUCUAGAUCAGGACUUGAAGACAGAGGCACUUGAAGAGUUCAAGAGUGAGGUGGCCAUUAUGCGUCGGUUGCGGCAUCCCAAUAUUGUCUUAUUUAUGGGUGCUGUGACGAAGCCUCCAAAUCUCUCUAUAAUUACUGAGUUUUGUCCAAGAGGGAGUCUUUAUCGAUUGCUCCACAGACCAAAUCGAGAGCUGGAUGAGCGUAAGAGGAUACGUAUGGCAGUCGAUGUGGUCAAGGGCAUGAACUAUCUUCAUCGGUGUUCACCUCCUGUUGUACAUAGGGAUCUGAAAUCCCCCAAUCUACUGGUAGACAAGAAUUGGACUGUGAAGGUCGCUGACUUUGGCUUAUCUCGCCAAAAGCAUAGCACAUUUCUCUCAUCCAAGUCCAGCGCGGGAACUCCGGAGUGGAUGGCUCCAGAGGUUUUGCGAAAUGAACCCUCUGACGAAAAAUCCGACGUGUACAGCUUCGGCGUUAUUUUAUGGGAGCUUGCUACGCUUCAAGUGCCUUGGAAUGGGAUGAAUCCUAUACAGGUUGUGGGGGCUGUGGGAUUCCAGCACCGACGCUUGCCUACAGAUACGAUUGAUCCGUCUCUUGCAGCAAUUAUUCAAGCCUGCUGGCGCACUGAUUCCAAGCUAAGGCCUAGCUUCGCGGAUCUGAUGCAAGAACUGAAGAAUCUCCAAACGCGACCCACUGCCGCUUCUCCGGCCCAAAGCCCGUCUGCCACACCUCAGAGCGGAUCGUCAAAAUGAAACUCAAGCCUUUGAGUUAAACCUUUGAGUGUAAAGUGUACCCGGAAGGUUUUCUUACACCUCUAGCUAAAACAUGUAUCUUUAAAGCAGUUGAAGUUGUCUCCUUGAGGUUCUUAACAACCCUCUAUAAUUGCACGUAGUCAUCCGGGUAGCUGUUCCCAGUAAUGAAGGCUCUAUCAGGUUUUGAGCUCGAGUGACAUGCGCGGGCUCGGACAAUCAUUCAGGAGCCCGUGAAUUUCACAUUCUUCGUAGGAGAAGAUUAACGAUAAAAGCACUUACGAGUGUUCCCGAAUUCUGGAGCCCUAGCUGGACAUUGCAGGGACCAGAUGCUAGUGGAUGUGUUUAAGCGGAAGAUGUUGUGGAGAAGUUGCUGGAAAUCCUAAUAUGCCCAGUGUACUGUAAGGAAGUGGUAAAGAGUUUUGAUUCAUGCCGCACGCGUUGCGCGAGAUCAAACAGUUUGUGUUACUUUCAGAUGACCCAAUUGGAUUGACCUGGUUUUCGCAAGUCGUACCAUUUGUUAGAUCUCCAAAUCGGACAAUGCCGUCGGCAUGCGGCAGUUUGGAAGUCUGUGAGAUAUUGCUCAGUCGCAUCGUCGUGGUAGAAACGGAGGACAUUUGAAUUGUGUACCAUUUUUAUUACCUGAUCAGAGCCCUAUUAACGUUCUUUAC